AUGAAAAGAGAUUCUGCCAACUUCUUGGAGAUGGGAGAGGAGGUUCGCAAGAAGAACAACAUCGUGAUCUCUUGCCGUGAGGGAAUCGUAGGGCCUGAUCAUGCAAUCGCUCUGAGAUGGAAGGUGGUCUUCUUUGACUCCACCAGAGGCUUCCUUGGAGCAGGUGGAGGAGGAAGAUUCAGCUGGCCUCAGAGCAGGAGAAGACGCCCACAGGAUGCAGAGUUGAAGGAGUGGGGAAUUGCGGGAGAGAGUGCCGUGCAGACACUUCAGAAGAUCCUCCUGCAAAGAGGCCGAGGACCCCCCCGAGAGGCUUGCACGCGAUUCCGUAAUCUUUGCCGGCAGUGGCUGAAGCCAGAAAGAAACACAAAAGCUCAGAUCCUGGACCUGGUGAUCCUGGACCAGUUCCUGCUUGUCCUUCCGCAGGAGCUGGAGAGCUGGGUGCGGGAAUGUGGAGCGGAGACCAGUUCCCAGGCGGUGGCCCUGGCCAAAGGCUUCCUCCUGAGUCAGGCCGAGGAGAAGAGGCUGGAAGAGCAUAAGGAUAAAGGCUUCUCUCUGGAGGCUCUGUCUUAUUUUCCUGAGAUGCAGAAGGCUCCCUUGGGCAACAUGCAGGGUCCCUUGCGAGAGGGGAACCAGGAGGAAACGGACAGAAGUGCCACCUUGCAGGGAGUCGGAACAAGGCUGGCCACGCAUGCAGAAUCGUCCCUUCUUCUUGAUGAUGGAGAGAAAGGAGAAGAGAGUCCGGUGACCUUUGAGGAAGUGACGGUGGAUUUCACCCAGGAGGAGUGGGCGCUGCUGGAUCCGGACCAGAGGGCUUUGCACAAGGAAGUCAUGGAGGAGAACUGGGGGAUGGUUGUUUCUCUUG